AUACGGUCAGUGCGCAGAAACAGAGGCAGAGAGAAGUAGCGCGCGACAGCGCUCGUGCCCUCGUGCUUGAAGGUGACGGGUAACGGAUUGCGAACACAGAGAGAGAGAGAGAGAGAGAGAGAGAGACGCACACACAGACAGAGAAAAAUACAGAGAGAGAGAGAGAGAGAGAGUCGCAGCAGCAGUAACGGCUCGGCGCGCGCAGCUUCACGCGACAGCUCUGAAGUCCUCUUGCUGAAGGUGACGCGGAUGAUUCAGAUGCUCCGCGCCGUCAUGCUGCUGGUGUGUGUGUGCGCGGCGGUGAUCACCGGAGCAGCCGCCCGCCAGGACAACGGCAAUUUCCUGGACGACAAAUGGCUGACAGCUCGAUGGGACAAAUUUCGUGACGAGCCCGGAUCAUGGAACCCUGGGAAGCCGCUUGAUCAAGCUCUGGAUCCUGCCAAAGAUCCCUGCUUAAAGGUUAAAUGUGGUCGACACAAGCAGUGUGUGGCUGAAGACUACAAAACGCCGACCUGCGUUAGCCAGACGAGCUUAAAGAGCAUGAGUUUCAAACCUGUGCUGCAGAAGUGUAAGAGAUGUCCGCUGGCACAUCCUGCACCAGUCUGUGCAACAGACAGACACACUUAUUCUACCAAGUGUCAAAUGGAGUAUCAGGCAUGUAUCUCUGGAACACAGAUUGCAGUGAAGUGUCCAGGACAGUGUCCAUGUGCGUCAGAAAUAAACAGAUCUGUGGAGAAGAAAGAGUGCAGUGAUGCUGAACUGAACAAAGUGGCAAGCAGACUGAGAGACUGGAGCAGAGAUGUGCACGAGAGCAGCAAGAAGCUCAAGCUGUCCAAACCAGAAAUGACAGUGGAUGUGAAUAAGACACCCAUCUGUAAAGGCUCCCUGGGUUGGAUGUUCACCAGACUGGACAUGAACUUUGACCUUCACCUGGACCAGUCAGAACUGGCUGGCCUGGGUUCGGAGAAGGACGACGUUUGCACAAAGGCCUUCCUCAGGUCAUGUGACCUGGGCCGGGACCAGCUCAUCUCCAGCAAAGAGUGGUGCUCUUGCUUCCAGAGACACCAGGAGUCUCCCUGCCAGACAGAGAUUACUAACAUCUACAAACAGCAAGCUAGGAAGAAAUUAUUGGGUCAAUAUGUCCCCUCCUGCGAUGAGGACGGCUUCUAUAAGCCUCAGCAAUGCCUUGGUAGCAGUGGACAGUGCUGGUGUGUGGAUCGCUAUGGAAACAAGGUCGCCGGGUCAAGCAAGAUGGGCCCGGCCGAAUGUGCAUUGGAGGGUUCUGGAGACUUUGGAAGUGGGGACUCGUCGCUCUCAGACGACGAGGACGACGUCCUGAACGAUCAGGAGGAUAUGGGAGACGACGAAGAAUAUGACGACGAUGACGAAGACGACGGCUACUUGUCGUAAUCGUCGUCAUGCGUUUUUCUUUUUUUUUUUCUAAAAGAGGAAGGGGAAACCAAAAGCACGUUUUUAGGCGUCACUUGUAGAAACGAAGUACUAAUAUUACUAAUGGCUUAGAAAAAGGUAUAUUUCCCUCUCGCUGUGUAACAUUUGUAUUUAAAAGAAAUUAAUAGGAUUGAUUAAUACAAUGCAUUUUAUUUUUGUCAUUUUGACGUCGUUGAGCAUUUUCGAGAGUGAAUCUGCUGUAUCCCUCUGGGCAAGAAGUAGGAAUAUCACACACACACACACACACACACACAAUAACAUGUUCACAUACAGCCAUGUGCAAAAAGUCCCACUUUGAUUGAGACUCAUUAGACUCACUUUCUGAAGGGAAAUGUGAACACACACGUACACACAUACACACACUCACACUCACAGAGCUGCUGACAUAUUUCUAACAGAAUUUAUUCUAGUUCCAUUUAUGUUGGUGUGUGUCCUUGUUUACUGUACCUUAUGGACAUCAUUGCACUAUUUCUGUUUAAAUGACGAAUAUAGAAUAUGUAAGCUCAAUAAAGAGGAUACAGGAUUAGCAAAUUUCUACCUAAAGCAGCUCUACUUUAAUGAGUUAUGAUUAUCACACAUUAUUCUUGAACACUGUUAGCCUAAUUGGUAUCCACUGCAUUUAUAGCACACACUGUGUUACCACAGACAAAAAAAAAAAACCUGUUUAUUCAGAACUUCAUGUAUUAUUUAGUCAAAGAUAUUUGUGAAAUAAAAAACUUCUAUACUUGCAGUUACAGGAAAAUAAUCACCAGUGGGUUGGUGUGAUGUGCUCCAACAUGAAGCAGAGUUACUGUUAGCACGCCAAAUUGUUAUUUUCCUAUAACAGCAUGUCCUGAAGUGUUUUAUUCCUCUUAUACCCCAGCAGCUUAUCAACAAUUCUAAAUGUAUUAAUGAACAACAUAUCAUACUUUUUAACCAUUUAUAGUUACAUUUAAUGCUGUGGGAUGUCCAUGAAAUGAAUAAGUUUCUAUAAUCAGUAAUGGGCAUUUCCUCACCAGGCUAUUUUUUUCUUUCUCUUGAAGUUAAUAAGAGAAAAAAAAAAAUGCUGCACUGACACUGGAGACUCCUUCCAGAAAAAUUGCAAUGUGCUUUAUUGCAUUUUUCUCUCUCUUUAUCACAGUAAAAUAGUAAUUAACAUGUAGAAAUCGACAUUAAUUGGGAUGCCUCCGCUACCAACAAGACAUUUGACCUUUUGACAUUUGACCUUCUUCUAGAAAACAGUCUAAUCAUUGAUGCGACGCACAAAUCAAGUCAACUAGCUGAGAGAACUAGCAUACUCAACUAAUGAUUUAAUAAUGAAUAUUGACAUUGGCUGCUAAAAGAGCUUUUUACCAUUGGUAGAGUGAGAAAGGAUGUUGUUCACAACGAACAAGCAAUUUUUUGCUGUAAUUGCAUAUUCAUAGUUGCAUAUUCUCAAGAGAAUUUGCAAUUUUGUUUUGGCAUAUGUGAAACUAAAGUUAAUGCUUGUCUCGAUCUUGACUCAUUGGAACUCCAUCUUGACUGAUUGGAACUCGGUCUUGAGUCACUGGAACUCGAUUUUGACUCAUUGCAACUCGGUCUUGAUUCAUUUGAACUCCAACUUGACUCAUUGGAACUCCAUCUUGACUCAUUGCAACACCAUCUUGAGUAAUUGGAACUCGAUUUUGACUCAUUGGAACUCGGUCUUGAUUCAUUUGAACUCCAUCUUGACUCAUUGGAACUCCAUUUUGACUCAUUUGAACUCCAUCUUGACUCAUUGGAACUCCAUCUUGACUCAUUGAAACUCCAUCUUGACUCAUUGAAACUCCAUCUUGAGUCAUUUGAACUCCAUCUUGACUCAUUUGAACUCGAUUUUGACUCAUUGAAACUCCAUCUUGAGUCAUUGGAACUCGAUUUUGACUCAUUGGAACUCGAUUUUGACUCAUUGGAACUCCAUCUUGAGUCAUUGGAACUCGAUUUUGACUCAUUGAAACUCCAUCUUGACUCAUUGAAACUCAAUUUUGACUCAUUGGAACUCGAUUUUGACUCAUUGGAACUCGAUUUUGACUCAUUGGAACUCGGUCUUGAUUCAUUUGAACUCAAUCUUGACUCAUUGAAACUCCAUCUUGACUCAUUUGAACACAAUCUUGAUUUGGCCUCAACCCCCUUUAGGACUCGGUCUUGACUCACUCUUAGCUGAACUUGUCUUGGACUUGACAGUAGUGGGCUUGACUACAUUCUUGCUGAAGGACAGGUGUACAUAUGUUGAAUCUGGAAAUAUGACUCUUUUUUUACAGACUCUGUGGAAAUUUGUGUGGCAGAAGCAUUUACUUCCCCUAGACUUCUGUUAUAAGCAAGUUACCAGUAGACACAUUGUUUUUUUGUGUGUUCUUUUUCUACUACAAGAAAAGGUGGAGAAAUUCUAUACAUCUCUGCUACUAAUACGAACGUUACGGAUGUGGUGAAUAAAAAUUAGGUUAAAAAAAAACAUUGGACUACUCCUUUAACACAAAACGUUAUGUUACAGACACAUUGAUUCAGUGGCUGAUGAGAUACAAUUAUAAUCACACACAUACACACACACACACACAUACACACACAGGCGUCUGUGUUUGUGCUCCGGCUUUUGGGGGCGACGCCAAACCUGAGAUCAGACUCACUGGAGCGUUUUGUGUCACUCACACACACACACACAAACACACACACACACACACACAGAUUUUUGUUAUGUGUCAUCUGUUAGCUGUCCUGAAAUGUACAGUGCCUUUGAGUAGAAGAGAAAGAGACUUCUAGGGAAUUUUAGCCUACAGUGGUUUUUUUUUCUCACUUCUCUGUAUUUCUCCGUGUGCAUUUCUGUGGAUAGUUUAUAUUUUGCACCUGACAAAACGUUCAAAAUUUCCAGAUGUUCAGUAUGGGUCUGUCCGUAGUGUCGCUUCAUGAUCUUUUGAAUUAAUUCGGAGUUUUAUUUAACAGCGUUCCGCAUUCACACCCACGUCAGAGCGAAAUAGAAAAACUAGAAGGAGAAAAUCCUCCUUUAUUCCCUUAUGCACAUCUGUCCAGCUGUUGAUAUAGAAGUUCCAAAUGCAUUUUUUUACAGUGUAUGUUAUAUUUGCUGAAAUAAAGUUCUAUCAACCUGAA